ACAGAGCUCCAGUCAGUCUCGUGUGAGUGCCUCACACCUGUGGAUCUCUCUGGCUGUGAUUUUCAAUGGAAGCGUUUCUGCUGCAGUUUUCCAGCACAGGUGUGAUCCUUGCUGCUGUGUUUCUGUGUUUGCUUGUUUAUUUUUUCUCCAUUGGUUCCAGCUCUCAUGAUGAAGGUAAAGAGCCUCCAGGACCCAAACCGCUCCCACUGCUUGGUAACCUGCUCAUGCUGGAUCUGAAGAAGACUCACCUGAGUCUUUCUGAGCUGUCAAAGCAAUAUGGCUCUGUCUUUACGGUCUACUUUGGCCCCAAAAAAGUGGUGGUGUUGGCGGGAUACAAAGCCGUCAAGCAGGGACUGGUCAACCUUUCAGAGGAGUUUGGAGACAGAGACAUUACCCCCAUAUUUCAUGAUUUUAACGAAGGUUUAGGAAUUGUGUUUUCUAAUGGAGACAACUGGAAAGAAAUGAGACGCUUUGCUCUGUCGAACCUACGAGACUUUGGUAUGGGCAAGAGACGAAUCGAGGAGAAGAUCAUCGAGGAGUCGAAGUAUUUAAAAGAAGAAUUUGGGACGUUUGAAGGAAAAGCGUUUGACACAACACACCCUGUUAGUCUGGCUGUUUCAAAUAUCAUCUCGUCUAUUGUGUACGGCGACAGAUACGAGUACAACAACCCUCUCUUACACGAAAUGGUGAAGCGAGCUUCUGAAAAUAUGAAAUUGACGGGUUCAGCUUCAGUUCAGCUCUACAACCUAUUUCCUUGGCUUCGACCUUUUGUAAAGAAUCGGCAACUUAUCGUGGACAACCUGCAGGAAAACUACAAAGAAAUCGAAAAGAUUGUGCAAGACCUGAAGACAACUUUGAACCCUCAGGAUCCCAGAGGAUUUGCAGAGUCGUUCCUUAUACGGCAGCAAGAAGACAAGGACGCUGGGGUCAAGAAUAGCUUUUUCCACACGAAGAAUCUGUUUUAUUCGAUUAACAACCUGUUUGCUGCUGGCACGGACACGACGACGACAACACUACGCUGGUGUCUUCUGCUAAUGGCCAAAUAUCCUGAAAUACAAGCGAAGGUUCAGGAGGAGAUCGACCAACUGGUGGGUGGACGUCAGCCGGUGGUGGAGGACAGAAAGAAUCUGCAUUACACAGACGCUGUGAUCCAUGAAUGCCAGAGACUGGCCAGCAUAGUUCCCGUAGGUGUCCCGCGCAAAACUACCUGUGACGUUCACCUUAAUGGAUACUUCAUCAAGAAGGGGACCAGUGUGUUUCCUCUCUUGGUAUCUGUGAUGAGAGAUGAAACCCAGUGGGAGACGCCCGACAUCUUUAAUCCACGACACUUUCUGAAUGAGCAGGGGCAGUUUGUCAAGCGAGACGCUUUCAUGCCCUUCUCUGCAGGACGCAGGGUGUGUUUAGGAGAGGGUUUGGCCAGGAUGGAGAUCUUUCUGUUCUUCGCGUCCCUCGUUCAGUAUUUCCGCUUCACUCCUCCACCCGGAGUGUCUGAGGAUGAUCUGGAUCUCACACCACUUGUGGGGUUUACACUGAAUCCGUCUCCACACAAACUGUGUGCUGUGAAACGGUUUUGAUAACUGUGGCACUGAAGAUGGAUUUAAAACGCUGAAUAUGCGCAUGAAAAUGUUCUCAUAGAAUUACAUUAUAUUCACAUUUCAAUAAUUUCAAUGGUGUAAAUAGGUUUGUGAUUCACAUCUGCAGAUAAGGAAAAUGGAACACAGCUUUAACUCCACAUGCUAAGACAAUAACAGAUAAUGAACGUGGGAAAGGGCGGACAUAUAUGGUGUAUAAAACAGGUGCAGGAUAGUCUGUAUAUAAGGUAACAAAUGAUAAAAAGGAAGUUAUACGGCACAAAAAAACGAACCCUAAACUGGUGAUAAGUUUUAAUGUUAUCGAACACAAAUCAUCUACACUAAAACAAUGUUAUAAAUUUAAUAUCAAAGAAAUUAUAACCAAACACAGACCGGAAGUUAACUUGAAACCCUCUUUACAACAUGAAAGAAAAGAGUCAACGUUUGGUGAUGUCAUUGCUCAAUCCCCUACUAAGCAAUGGCUGACCUAUGAAAGAGAUUUUUAUCAUUAAUGACAUUUUAAAGAGGUCAUAAUGACAUUUUAUUAUACAGAUUGAAAAAACAAAUACCACAAAAUAUCACAGAAUCCAUAAUAUUCAUUACCAAACUUGGUUUUCCCACCAAAGCGAUGUCACUUCCUGAAGAAUGAUGUCCUUAGGGAACUGGCUUUUGUUUGAAAAACUGCCCGUUUUACAGAUAUCCAUCAAAUAAAAUAAUACAAUUUAGUGAAUUAAUAAGUCGACACACAUCAAAUACGUGUGGUUAAUUUAUUUUGGUUAAUUUAUUUUGGUUAAUUUAUAAUCAAACUGGAAAAUAAUACACUCAAAAAAAGAUAUUUGAAGGUUGUUGGUUUUUUAUUCUUUGACAUAACUUGGUUCUUUUGUGUUGGGACAACUUCAUUUUCUUUGACUAACUAAACUACAGAGAUUGAGUUCCCAGCAUGCUUUGCUCUUAUGAUUGGAUUUAGGUAGUACAUUUUAAAAUUGUCGUAAUAUUUGUUGGAACGCUUUUCCUCUCUGCAUCUGUAUUUUCACUUUCUACUUUUAAAUCCUUGCUGAAAACUCGCCUGUUUCACUUGGCUUUCUGUAACUGAACCUUUUUUCAAUAUGCUGGUUUUUUUAUUAUUGUUUUUUUAUUAACUGCUCUGUACGGUUUGUUUCUUUAAGAAUCUUUUUUAUUGUGCAGCACAUUGUUCAACCUCGGUUGAGUUCAAUAGUGCUAUAUAAAUAAACUUGACAUUGACAUCA